GCCUUUUCUCGGUUGACAUGUUUCUCUAGCUUGCUAAAUUUGAGAGCUGAACAUUUAGCGAGAAAAUAUGAGUAUAAUAAAGGUUUUUGAUCAUUAUUUGUGCAAGGGUCUCGAAAAUGUUCCAGUUUUACGAGAAGGUAAUGUCAGCAAAGAAGAAUAUUCUGAAUUUCAGUAUUCUCCAGAGAACAUCCAGGGGCCGGGAUGUGACAUAGACCCCAGUGAGGUGACUCUUCCUGGAUGCUCCUGCUACGCCCACUCCUGCCUUAGAGAGAGCUGCUCCUGCAUGCAGACUUACGGACAGACAUGCAGACAAACGUACGACAGCCACGGCCGACUCCAAGACCAGGGGGAUACGGAGACUGGUUACUGCAGGCCUGUGUUUGAGUGUAACGCCUUGUGUGGCUGUAGUGAGGCCUGCUGUAACCGGGUGGUACAGAGAGGCCUGGGGCUCAAGUUGUGUGUCUACCCCACAGAGGACAGAGGCUGGGGCAUGCGAGCGCUGGAGCCCAUCCCCUGUGGAACCUUUGUGUGUGAGUAUGCCGGGGAGGUGAUUGGCUUUGAGGAGGCCAGACGCAGACAGCUUGCUCAGGGGCUUGAGGACAACAACUACAUAAUUGCUGUGCGGGAGUAUGCUGGCCAGGGCCCGGUCAGUGAGACCUUUGUGGACCCAACUGUGGUUGGGAAUGUGGGGCGUUUUCUGAACCACUCCUGCCAACCCAACCUGUUCAUGGUGCCUGUCCGGGUGCACUCCCUGGUGCCCAGGCUGGCCCUGUUUGCUGGCAGGGACAUCACCCCUCAGGAGGAGCUCACAUUUGACUACUCAGGGGGCUAUAGCAAUACACCCUCUGUGGAGAGGUUGGUCCAGAGUGACCCUGGGACAGAGGCCAGUGAGACAGGUACCCUCCAGAGGAAACCAUGCCACUGUGGUGCCCAGAACUGUUCCCAAUUUCUGCCACUGGAUUUAUCUGUUCUCAACAAUUAGAUUAGAGGGAUGCAUUUAUUGGUAAAUGUUGGUAAAUGUUUAUACAUUGAUGUUUUGUUAUUUGAAGUGAUCAUGUUGUACUGGAAAGGAGAGACACUUUGCACUGAA